AUGUCAAUCAUUAACCACUACACCCCACCCCUCAGCUCAGCCGCCACCGACAACCCCCCCACCACCAUAUCCCCCCGACCCCAUCUCAGGUAUAAAGGUCCAGCUGCAGCCCAGGUAACUUUACACACUGUGCUCUCUCCAGAACUUUCUCCUGGACCCAGAGGACUGCUCUCUUUUAGCUUGCUCUCUCCCUCUCUCUCUCUCUCUCUCUCUCAUCAUGAAGCUGCUCUCCCAGACACUGUGCCUGGCCCUGGCCCUGGCUCUCAGCCACACCGCGCCACAGUAAGUAACCACACAGAGCACUCUGCUCUCACCCUCAUGUUUAGUGUGGAUAUUAUUUAUGCAUUAUAGAAAAUGUUGUUAGUGCCAACCGUAAUGUCUAGGUGCCCUCGGAUACAAAUAGUUGAAAACAUGGUUUUUAGAUUUGUUUGUACGGUGGGAUGUCAAUAACAGAGGACAGUCGUCUGGUCUCACUACAGUGGGAUGUCAAUAACACAGCGGACAGUAGUCUUGUCACACGGGUUUUCUGCUUUCUCAAGGCCAGGUUAUAUAAACGUUGAAUCCAAGCAAACAUGUUUUCUAUCUGCAUCAGCUGUACGCAUCUGAGAUGACAAAGUUUGCAUUUCAUCUUGUCUUUUCAGGAACCUUGAAGUCAUGGUGAAAGGUGAGUUUGAGGAAAGGGAAAGGAAAUGGGGGAUACCUAGUCAGUUGUACAACUAAAUGCAUUCAACUGAAAUGUGUCGUCCGCAUUUAACCCAACCCCUCUGAAUCAGAGAGGUGCAGGGGGGCUGCCUUAAUCAAUAUCCACGUCAUUGGCGCCGGGGAGCAGUUUAGUUGGGGUUAACUGCCUUGCUCAAUGGCAGAAUGGCAGAUUUAUUUGAUUUUGAAGGCAACCCUGCCAUUAACUACCUGUCAUUUUCAAUUAUGUUAUGACCUGGUUCAAAGGCUAUACUGAAUCAAGUGUAAUGUAAGAACAACGCAAUGAAAGAACAAUCAUUCUGCAAUCAUUUUGCAAAUUUCCCCUAUCAGCAUUGAGCCCAAUCUCAUAGAGAGUAGGUAUAGAAGUUAUUUCAAAGAUAUAGCCCGCUGAAAUAAAAUGGUGAUUAAAUGCACCAAUGAUGGCAUUUUUGUCCAUAAUUGGUCUAGAGUUUAUUUGUUGGGGCAGAGAAGGGGGAAGUAUCCCUUCAGAGAUUUUACAAUUUUCCAGAAUUUAGCCUGAUCCCCCUUACAAUCAGAAAUAGUGUUUACAUAGUACUCAGACAGGCCUCAGAAAGAGUGUUUACAUAGUACUCAGACAGGCCUUUCUAAUCAGUAUUACACAUUGAUUCCUCAGUUGCCUAAAAUACUGCCAAUCUGGUCCUACGUUUAUUUUUCUGGCCUUGGCCAAAGCAGCAUCUCUCUUGUGUAUAACUUCAGAUAAAUCAGGAGUGAACCAAGCGUUAGAUCUAUUUUUAACUCUCAGUUUUUUUGAAAGGGGCAUGAUUAUCUGUGAUUAGUAUUGAAGACAUAUGAAAAGUAGCUUAAAGCUAAUUGUUGUUCUGGGAUAGAUGAGAAGCCAAACAUUUAUAAAAUGGCGCUGACAGAGAGGGCUGCCUCGCUUCUAGUCCUUAGGAAACUUUGCAGUAUUUAGUUUUUUUAUGUAUUAUUUCUUACAUUGUUAGCCCAGAAAACCUUAAGUGUUAUUACACACAGCCGGGAAGAACUAUUGGAUAUCAGAGCGGCGUCAACUUACCAGCACUACGACCAGGAAUACGACUUUCCCGAAGCGGAUCCUUUGUCCGUACCACCAAGGGCAUUUUAACUGAUUCCAGAGGCCGACCCAAAACAAUGCUGCUGGAGGAGAGGCAGCCGGAGCUGUCUUCUAGUCAGACUUAGGAGGCGUGCACACCACCCAUCGCUUCCGAGUAUAUUACUUGUUAAUGUCCAGUCCCUAGAUAACAAAGUUGACGAGCUCAGGGCAAGGGUUGCUUUCCAGAGAGACAUCAGGGAUUGUAACAUCCUCUGUUUCACGGAAACAUGGCUCUCUCGGGAUAUACUGUCCCCGUCCAUACAGCCAUCUGGGUUCUCAGUACAUCGCACCGACAGGAAUAAACAUCUCUCCGGGAAGAAGAAGGGGGGUUAUUUUUCAUGAUUAACGACUCAUGGUGUAAUUGUAACAACAUACAGGAACUCAAGUCAUUUUGUUCACCUGACUUAGAAUUCCUCACAAUCAAAUGCUGACCGAAUUAUCUCCCAAGAGAAUUCUCUUCGGCUAUUGUUACAGCCGUUACCAUGACAGCCCUCAAGGAACUUCACUGGACUUUAUGCAAACUGGAAACCAUAUAUCCUAAGGCUGCAUUUAUUGUAGCUGGGGAUUUUAACAAAGCAAAUUUGAGAAAAAGGCUACCUAAAUUCUAUCACCUGCGCUGGAAAAACGCUGGACCUUUGUUACACUAACUUCUGCGAUGCAUACAAGGCCCUCCCCUGCCCUCCUUUUGGCAAAUCUGACAACGACUCCAUUUUGCUCCUCCCUUCCUAUAGGCAGAAACUCAAACAGGAGGCACCCGUGCUAAGGACUAUUCGACGCUGGUCUGACCAAUCGGAAUCCACGCAUAAAGAUUGUUUUGAUCAAGCGGACUGGGAUAUGUUCCGGGUAGCCUCUGAGAAUAAUAUAGACGUAUACGCUGAUUCGGUGAGUGGGUUUAUAAGGAAGUGCAUAGGAGAUGUUGUACCCACUGUGAAUAUUAAAACCUACCCUAAAAAGAAACCGUGGAUAGAUGGCAGCAUUCGCGAAAAACUGAAAGCAUGAACCACCGCAUUUAACCAUGGCAAGGUGACGGGGAACAUGGCAGAAUACAAACAGUGUGGUCGUUCCCUCUGUAAGGCAGUCAAACAGGCAAAACGUCAAUAUCGAAGCUGGUUGAGAGAAUGCCAAGAGUGUGCAAAGCUGUCAUCAAGGCAAAGGGUGGCUAUUUGAAGAAUCUCAAAUAUAUUUUGAUUUGUUUAACACUUUUUUUGGUUACUACAUGAUUCCAUAUGUGUUAUUUCAUAGUUUUGAUGUCUUCACUAUAAUUCUACAAUGUAGAACAUAGUAAAAAAUAAAGAAAAACCCUUGAAUGAGUAGGUGUUCUAAAACUUUUGACCGUGUAUGUGUGCAUGUAUGUAUUUAAAUCAGUGGAGGCUGCUGAGGGGAGGACGGCUCAUAAUAAUGGCUGGAAUGGAGUCAAUGGAAUGGUGUCAACCACAUGGAAACCACAUGUUUGAUGUGUUUGAUACCAUUCCACUGACUCCAUUCCAGCCAUUAUUAUGAGCCUCCACGGAUAUAAAUGUACACUAUAUAUACAAAAGUAUGUGGACAACCCUUCAAAUUAGUGGAUUCAGCUAUUUCAGCCACACGCGUUGCUGACAGGUGUAUAAAAUCGAGCACACAGCCAUGCAAACUCCAUAGACAAACAUAGGCAGUAGAAUGGCCUUAAUGAAGAGCUCAGUGACUUUCAACGUGGCACCGUCAUAGAAUGCCACCUUUCCAACAAGUCAGUUCGUCAAAUUUCUGCCCUGCUAGAGCUGCCCCGGUCAACUGUAGGUGUUGUUAUUGUGAAGUGGAAAGGUCUAGGUAUCACGUUUCAGGUGAAGACCCAGAUGCAGACAGUGUCGAAGACAGGAGCAAGGGGAAAACCGCUGGUGGGCUUGAAGAAACAAAACAAACUGGCAACAGACAAACAGAGAACACAGGUAUAAAUACACUGGGGAUAAUGGGGAAGAUGGGUGACACCUGGAGGGGGGUGGAGACAAUCACAAAGACAGGUGAAACAGAUCAGGGUGUGACACUAGGAGCAACAACGGCUCAGCCACACAAGCUCACAGAACUGGACCACCGAGUGCUGAAGUGCGUAAAAAUCGUCUGUCCUCGGUUGCAACACUCACAUUAAAUGUUUUACCGAGUUCCAAACUGCCUCUGGAAGCAACGUCAGCACAAUAACUGUUCGUUGAGAGCUUCAUGAAAUGGGUUUCCAUGGCCGAGCAGUCUAAUAUCACCACGCGCAAUGCCAAGCGUUUGCUGGAGUGAUGUAAUGCUCACCGCCAUUGGACUCUGGAGCAGUGGAAAUGCGUUCUCUGGAGUGAUGAAUCACGCUUCACUGAUAAUCUUCCUGCAAGGAGCUUUAGCUAUGAAACAGCCUACAAGGCAGAAUCAUGAUUUAUAAGCCUCUGAGGCUGCUUUUGAAUCUAAACAAGCUCUGUGGCUGAAAUUGUACCUGAUCAGCCCGUCAGGAAUGGAGUUCACCCACUCCGUAAAUGUAAAUAUUAUCCAUACAACAUUACUUAUAAACUGAUAAUGAGCGCCAAACACAAUUUUUGCCAUGCGUUUUUUUUUUCAGGUGAUCUAAUAAUUUAGCCAGGUAAAAAUGUAUUUGAAAGCGGAUUUCACGAUGUGACAUAAUGGUAGUCUACUGGUUGGGAUUUACAUUGGAGAUUUGCAAUUUUUAUCAUGGUUCUAUGUCGAAUUUGAAGCAUUUUGAAUGAAGAGCCGUUUGGGAGCCAAAUGAGCCGGCUUAUGAAAAAGACUACAGAAGUACCGAAAGUAAAACAAAUUCUAGUACCAAACUAUUUUUCAUGUUCUAGUAUUGAAAAAGUACUGAUGUUUCGGUGUACCGUGCAACAUUACUAGGAACCUAUGUUUUUUGCAAAGAUUAGAUUGAUCGAAUACCUCUAUAGUUAAACCCUUACCUGUCCCUACAGAUCGCCCUGAGAGGCCCAAGACUCACUGUGAGAAGCAUAGAGACGGUGACCAGACGACCAGUCCUAGUGGGCAACCUAUCGUGGGGGCUUUUGUACCCCAGUGUGAUGAGCAGGGUCUGUACAGAGCCUCUCAGUGCCAUGGUUCUACAGGACACUGCUGGUGUGUGGACAGCAGGGGGCAGGAGAGAGCAGGGACCAGGAAAGGACCCGGCACUGGCCGGCCUAAGUGUGAUGAACCAGGUGAGAACUGA